UGCGCGCUCAGUCGCGCGUUCAAGUGCCUGGAUCCUUCUGCUACUCGUUCGCUCGCACACAGUAGGCUAGGCAACGUUCCGUCAGUGGCUUCAAACAGGUUUGGGAUUUCUACGCUCGCAGUGACACCCCGGAACCGUCACCUAAGCGCAUCCCUGGCAAACAUGUCCAAGUUGGAGCAGAUUCUCAUUCUUGAUCCACCGACCGAUCUUAGAUUUAAAGGUCCUUUUACAGAUGUGGUGACCACUAACCUGCGUCUAAAGAAUCCGUCCGACAGGAGAGUAUGUUUCAAGGUGAAGACCACAGCGCCGCGGCGCUACUGUGUACGACCCAACAGUGGAGUCAUAGAUGCAGGAGCCACUGUCACUAUCUCAGUAAUGCUACAGCCGUUUGACUACGAUCCCAAUGAGAAAAGUAAACACAAAUUUAUGGUGCAGACCAUCUACGUUCCAUCCAGUGGCACUGACAUGGAAGCUAUGUGGAGAGAUGUGCGGCCAGAAGACCUCAUGGACUCCAAGCUAAGAUGUGUCUUCGAUAUGCCUACCGAAAACGAUAAAGUGCAUGAGGUGGAUUCAGCUAAGCCGGCGCCAGUUCUGAACUCCUCGCGAGUGGACGGCCCGUCAGGUCUGAGAGGUUCCACGAUGGACGAUACGGAGAUGAGGAAACUUCUAGAAGACUGCAAGAGACUGCAGGCUGAGAUGAGCAAACUUGCUGACGAGAACCGACUACUCAGGGACGACGGUGUGAGAAUGAGGAAGCCCAUGUGGUCAGACAACGUCAUGUCCAACGCCAGCGCUCUGAUUGGCCGGGAGUCGGCUGUCAGCUCCCUCCCUUCCCUCCUCGUCGUCAUAGCAGCCAUCUUUAUCGGGUUCUUCCUGGGCAAGUUUGUGUUGUAGGUGGAUCUGAGGAUGGGGCUGUCUGUCUGUCUCGCAGCCUGUCCGCUAUCCCUGUCAGCCUUUGUGUGUGUGUAGGUGUGAGUGUGUUCGUGUGUGUGUGUGUGUGUGUGUGUAUGUAUGUGUGUCUGUCCGUCUUUAUGUUUGUUUGUCAGUCUGGUAUGGGAGAGGGUGGGGGAAGGGGUUUACAAGGGCUGGAGAAGCUUAUAAUUCACUCUGCCAUAUCAUGACCUGUGGUGGGGCCUGCCUGAAAGCCACACAUACACACACACACACACACACACACACAGAUGACAUAUACGCGCAUAUACAUAUACACAAUACGCAGAAACACACACACACUACAUAACUUCUAUGCACAAGCAUAUGCACUACAUGGACAUUACAACUACAUAAUAAUGACACACUCUCUGCACAAGCUGUAUCGAUACACACAUACACACACUCUUUAGGUCUGGCCUGUUUUGCAAUCAGUCACACUCGUACCACUCACUGAGCAGAGAGUGGUAUUCCUCUCUCACUAUGUUUGUUUGUUUGUUUGUUUGUUUAUGGGAAGAUAGAGAGAUGAAUGCUGUCUGUGUGUUGUCCUGUGGAGGAAAAAGAGGCAGAGAGGCUCAAGGAACGAGUGAUGAACUGUCCUCUAAGUGGAAGAGAAGAGAGAGAGCGAGUGAGAGAGAGAUGAAAGUGUGUCCCUGUUCCUCUGAGUGAAGAGGUCCAUUCAGCAUUUUUUGUCUUCCUUUUCUUUUUCUCUCUUCUUGGAGUCCCUCCAUCCCUCGCUCGCGCUGGAUCUCAGUAGAGGGCGGCUGGAGGGUCAUAUGCUUUUAAUUCUUUUAAAAAUAAAUAAAUAAAUAAUAAGAAACGAUCAAAACUAAGGAGUGAAGAAAGAGUGAAGAAAAAAUGAGACGGAGAGAGCGAGAGUGAAAGAGAGAAAAGAAGGAGAGCAAAAAAGAACCUCAGAGUCCGCACAGUAAUGGUUCACUUUUAACAAUUGCUUUUUUAUUACUUUUCCCCCCUUUCUCACUCUUCCGCCCUCUCUCUCUCUUACUCUCACUCCUUGUGAGUGAGUUGUCAGGCAGACCACAGACUGAGGUGCCUCUUACAUCAUUGUUGUUUUUGUACAUCUGAUUUCUCUUCCCUAACACAACACAAGCUGUUUUAUUACUGUUAUUGUUGUUAUUAUUAUAAUUAUUAUUAUUAAUGACUCAUGCUUUUGUUUUGAUGCUGUGUCCUUACUGAGGCGUAAGGUGACUGAAUAUGAACUCUGUUCAUCUCUCCUCCUGUCCCUUGCUAUUCAACGUUUCAGAGAAAAAAGAAACAUGGAAAAAAAACAUAAAAAAGAAUAAACACCUUAAAAAACA